AAUACUUUUUACUUUCCCCUCUCUUCUCCAAAAUAGAAAAAUCAAAAUUGUAUAACAUUUAAUAUUUUUUUAUUUCUUAAAAAUUGCUUACCAUUAACCAACAAGAAGAAGCUCCAAGAACCGAAGAAGGAGAAGAAUUAAAGAACCAUUGUUUUACAAAUUUCCAAAUUUUCAAUUGGGGGUAUUCCUCUCUCAAGGAAGUGAGGAAGAUAUUCAUGAUUCAUUGGUGAACGAUGGACGAUGGUCGGUGGGCUUCCAAUGAUACCACUAACAGUGGUUUUUGGUGAUAAAAGUAGUCAAUGAUGGGCAAACAAAAACAUAUUACAUCGUUUUUUAAUAAACGAAAAGAGCCAGAGAAAGAUACACCUACAUCUAAUGGAGAAAAGGGGCCUUCUAACAUUCAAAGAACGAAUGAUGCAAUUCCGUCUACUGAGGAUGAUAGUAUACAAGAAGAAGUUCCUGCAUCGCAUAAUAUCAAUAUUGUAGAUAUUGGUCUCAAUUCUCUAGAACGAGAUCCGGGAUUACGUCCACCAAUGUGGGUUUAUCCAGUUGGAAAACGAGAUGAAAUACGAAGAGCUUAUAAGAUUUUGAAGGUCUAUCAACCUCGCUUGAAAAGAUACCCAUUGUCGGGGCAAGUACAACAUCGUCGUAGUUUUCAAUGUGCUUGGUAUGAUAAGUUUCCUGAUUGGUUAGAGUACUCACCUUCAAAGGAUGCUGCAUUUUGUCUACCAUGCUAUUUAUAUUAUGAAACACCUAAUUCCCGAAUGGAAACCUUCACAGUAAGUGGUUUCAAAAAUUGGAAAAGGGUGAAUAACGGAAAAGAUUGUGCUUUUCUUACUCACAUUGGAAAAGGUCCUUGCUCAUCACAUAAAAAUGCAGUUCAAUCUUUUAAAGGGAUUCGGAAACAAAAAGGACAUAUUCGCAAUGUUUUGAACAAGCAAAGUGAAGCACAAAUCAAGCAGAAUAGACUACGUCUUAAGACCUCAAUUGAUGUGAUUCGUUUAUUAACUCUUCAAGCUUGUCCUUUGAGAGGCCAUGAUGAGUCUAUCCAUUCAGAUAAUCAAGGAAACUUUCUUGAGUACAGGAAAAAUUUGGCCUUGUACAAUAAAGAUGUUUCUAAGGCAAUAAGGCAAGCUCCAUAUAAUGCAAAAUAUAUAGCUCCUUCAAUUCAAAAAGAGAUUCUUCAUAUUAUAUCUUGUAAGAUUCGUAAUUACAUCAGAGAAGAAAUUGGAGACUCAAAAUUUUGUAUCAUUGUUGAUGAGGCACGAGAUGAAUCAAAGAGAGAGCAAAUGGGUCUUGUUUUGAGAUUUGUUGAUAAAUGCGGGUCAAUUAUGGAGCGCUUCUUUGACCUUGUACAUGUUUCUGAUACUACCGCAGUAACCCUCAAAGGUGAGUUAUGCACUGUUCUUGCUCGAAAUAAUUUAGCAAUUGAAAAUAUUCGGGGGCAGGGUUAUGAUGGUGCUAGUAAUAUCAGAGGUGAAUGGAAUGGAUUACAGGCAUUAUUUCUCUCUGAUUGUCCAUAUGCUUAUUAUGUGCACUGUUUUGCACAUCGCUUACAACUUGCAUUGGUUGCCGCCUCUAGAGAUGUCAGUCAUGUUCAUCAGUUUUUUUCUCACUUAAGUUUCAUUGUCAAUGUCAUAAGUGCAUCUCCUAAACGACAAGAUGAAUUGCAAACAAAAAAGGCAGCUGAAAUAGAGUUCUUGUUAUCUAUUGGUGAGUUGGAGACUGGCAGAGGAUCUAAUCAAAAGUGUACUUUGAAACGUGCUGGUGAUACACGUUGGGGUUCACACGUUUACUCUAUUCGUAGUUUGAUUAAAAUGUAUGAUGCAAUAGUGUCUGUUAUGGAAAAGAUUAAGGUUGAUAAGUUUUGCAAUAAUCAUCAACGUGGGGAUGCGGAUGGUGCUUUGGAUUUAAUGAUUUCAUAUGACUUUGUAUUUAUUGCACAUAUGAUGGAGAGUAUAUUAGGAAUUGCUGACGUCCUUUCUCAGGCUUUGCAACAAAAAAAUCAAGAUAUUGUUAAUGCCUUAAAGUUAGUCUCUACUACUAAAUCACUUCUUCAAAAGAUGAGGGAAGAUGGUUGGAGUAAUCUUGUGGAGAAAGUUGGAUCUUUUUGUGAACAACAUGAUAUUUUGAUACCUGAUAUGAGUGCUCCUUAUAUUGCUCGUAAAGGGAGAGCUCGACAUCAACCAGAUCAAGUAACAAAGGAUCACUAUUAUCGGGUUGAAAUAUUCAUUGCUAGUAUUGAUAAACAGUUGCAUGUGAUCAAUAAAUCGAUUUAG